UCGGACCUGAACGUGUCCGUGUCUUUUAAGCUUGUUUUUAAAAUAGAAUCCACUCGACGGCGGUUUUUGGUGAUGUGAAGUGAAUACAUAAAGUCCUUUGCCAACCACUUGGAUAGGCAAAAAAAUAAAUGGGAACUCCAAAUCGAAUUUCAUGUUUUGCAGCCGACCAAUUACUACUCAUAUUUGGAAGAAAAAAAAGAUGAUUAAAUUGAGACUAGCGGAUGCACGUACAUACACAUGGACAAAGGUCAUAGUUGCAAUGUUUACAUCAAAAGCUCCUGCGAAACGCAUGCGCCCGCCGACAAGCUUUUCAGCCCAGGUUUGCAGGUGUAGUGCGAUGGAAUUUCGACGUGUUAGUUUCGCAUCGCGGCUAGAAAAGUAAUAUAACUUUUUGGCAGUGCUCGUUAUUUUACAUCUUGGCUUUUAUUGAAAUAGCCCACUCAAUUCGGCAUUGCAGAAUACAUUUGUGUUAUUCGUUUACCCAAUCGGAAUCCUGUGAACGUGCGCAUAUGAAAAUAAGCAAUAGUAAAGUGUAUCCUGGAAUUUUGGCAAACAUAUACAAGUGCAUACGAAAAGAUAUACGCGCAUACAUACUCAUACAUUAAAUAAAAUCAAAUCCGUGACCAUUCAAGGAGUCUGCCAUAUUUAAUUUACCAGUUUUCUGUGCUCAGUGACGUACGAUUUUAUCGACCAUACUUAAAAAUAUGCCUAAUAUUAAGUAUACGCAACUACUGCAAAAUAUAUAAACCUAUGUGUUAUACAUACAAUGUUUUAUCCCGUGUAUAUGUGUAAUUGAGUGUUCGUGCACAAGUAUUGGUGUGCUCAUCUUCCGUGAAAAUUCAGAUGAUAAAAUGUAACUUAUUACUCAAUUAAACAUACAAAUCGAAAUAGUUUUAUAGUGGAUUAGAUAAUGAAAACAAUAAAAUAAAUGUAAACGGCAACUAAUUACUGCUAUUCCAAAAAAUAAUCCAACAUGGAGUUAUUGCUGCUAUUUAUGCUAGCACUUCAACUUAUUGAAUCCAGCAACGGAAGUAAAGAUGUACCAAUUCACCAAAUCGAAUCCUUAGUUGGUGAAAAUAUUUAUCUUCCAUGCAAUGUAACAACAUAUGAUGGUGAUGAACCUGUGUUGAUUUUGUGGUACCGAGAUGACAAAGGUACUCCCAUAUACAGCACCGACAUAAGAGCUGGUGUGUCUAAGGCCCCAAAAAGAUGGUCAGACGAUUCUGUCUUUGGAGAUAGAGCUUAUUUUAUAUUUGACAAGGAACCAGGAAAACUUUCAAUUCAAAAUACGCAAGCCUCCGAUUCAGGCACUUAUAGAUGCCGGGUUGACUUCCUAAAGGCGCAAACCAUAAAUAGCCGAAUUAGGCUCAAUGUCAUAUCUCCACCAAAGCAAGUUAUUAUUCGAGACAGCUCUAAUGUUGAGCGGUCUACAGUGGUUGGACCAUAUAGUGAAGGCGACAUCGUAUCCCUAAAAUGUCAAGUAAUUGGAGGCUACCCAACUCCCACAAUCAGUUGGUAUAGAGAUGGUCUCGAAAUUCCGUGCGAACUAGCCCAAUUAGCUGGAGGGAAGAUAAUCGAGUGCGAAAUCACACUUCCAUCGCUGGGUCGGGAAGAUCUUAACUCUCGACUCACCUGCCGAGCAUUAAGUCAUCCCAGAGCACCCAUUGUCGAAGCAGUAGUUCAAAUCGAUAUGAACUUUGCCCCUUUAAAUAUCCGGCUGUUGGGGGCACAUCAGCCAUUGUCUGCUGGACGCAGAUACGAUCUAUUGUGCCAAAGUGCUGGCUCCAGACCGCCUGCCGUAAUAACUUGGUGGCAAAAUGGCAUACGGCUCGAAAAGACUACCGAAACUACUUCAAGCGAUGGAAACCAGACAACGAGUACUCUUUCAAUCAGUCUAAGCAAAUCUGAUGCGGGGAAAUAUCUAUCAUGCAAGGCCUACAACCAUGCUGUUCCCUCCGAACCUUUGGAAGAUGGCUGGAAGCUAGAUAUUCAAUAUGUCCCCGAAGCAUAUGUUCGUCUAGGAACAUCUUUAGAUCCGAGUACUUUGCGCGAAGGAACAGAUGUGUACUUUGAUUGCCUGGUCAUGGCUCAUCCGAAUGUGUUUCGCAUUGAAUGGCGUCACAAUGAGCAACCUCUGUCCCACAAUAUUUCACAAGGCGUCAUAAUAAGCAACCAUUCAUUAGUUUUGCAAGGUGUAACGAGGGCCACAGCCGGAAACUAUUCAUGUGUCGGCUUUAAUGCCGAAGGUGAAGGUAUCAGUGCUCCUUUUGCAUUAAACAUUCUGUACGCUCCCACGUGUGCACAGAACCAGAAGAAAGUGUAUGGCAUAGCAAAACAAGAGGACGCAAAGGUCAUGUGCACUGUGGAUGCCAAUCCACGAGAAGUUGAAUUCAGUUGGACAUUUAAUAAUUCUGCCGAAAGUAUUGAUGUGGCCACAAAUCACAUUAUUCGCUCUGGCACCAACUCCAUUGUAACAUAUACACCCAUAACUGAACUGGAUUAUGGAACCCUUUUAUGUCUGGCGUCAAACAAAAUUGGUAAACAGCGAGUUCCAUGUGUCUAUCAUAUUAUCGCUGCAGGUCGACCGGAAAAAGUACAUAACUGUACAGUAAUCAAUAUAUCCAUGACAUCGUUAACCGUGACUUGUAGCGAUGGUUUCAAUGGCGGGUUGCCACAAAAUUUCAACUUGGAACUGCUGGAUUCUUACACACAAGAAAUUAAGGCCAACAUCACAUCGACUACUCCAAAGUUUACGGUGACUGGUUUAAGUCCGGGAAGCAUAUAUAGGCUUAAUAUCUACGCGUUCAAUACGAAAGGUCGAUCUGAUCCAGCUAUAGUUAAUGCUGCCAUGCUCCGAAUGCCCGAGAAACAACUGACAUCGGAACAAACUCAUAAUCUUCGUGCAGAGCUCUUGUUUUCGCCGGUGGUGUCACUUACGAUUGGAUUGACUCUAGCUGUGCUGGUCGCAGUUCUGGCUAUUAUCCUAGCUCUUCGAAUACCCUGCACCGCCACAUCGAGAAGGCGUCAAAAGGAACUCUCUAAUGAGAAUAUAUCCAGGGAUGAAUCGCCAGGACCAAGUGAUAAGAGUACCGGUAGCAAGGAGGUUGACGAUUGCGAUGAAAAGAAUCCAGAUGUUGUGCCUGAAUCCGUGGAAGCUGAUGAACAGGCGGAAAGCAUCAGGAAAAGGCAACAGAUAUCAACGAUCGACACUAACCGCAGUCCCAAUCGUGGAAUUUUUGUUAAUGAACAGCCACAUUUAACCGCUGCCGAGAUUUCCCUGCGCGCCUCCCAUGGAAUUGGUUACUGCACUCUGCGGAGUGGAAUGCACGCCCAGGCCCAGAGUUCAGUGGGCGAAAUAUCAAUUAACGUAACGCCCCACGUCUAUUCCAACUCAAUUUCGCAAUGCACCCUGCCGCGCCAGUCAUCGCAGAAUGUGUGGAACAACUACAACUGCAACAUCACCGGGGCGAGACCGACCUCCACGUUCCACCAGCUGACCUUUCCCCAGGGAAGGGUCAAUGUCAACGCCCACAACCCGACGCAGCCGCUCCAUGGACACGCGCCCUCGCCAUCGCUGGCGUCCAACAGCUCCAUGGCCUCGUCGUCGAACCCACUGCCCCAGCCACAUCCCCACGGCAGAACCAUCGCCCUGCACCACAUGAACCAGGCCCAGUGCGGUAGGGUCUGCAUCGGAAUCGCCAGCGAGGGAAUCCACGCCGCCGAACAAAACCUUUCCGACGACGAGGUCACCGUCCAAACUCCAUUAAUGAUAAAGCGCGACAGCACCGUAUGACUAUAGAAAUUCCACAGGGUUUUCGACACGCCCCUGUGAUUAGGACUUACAAUUUUCUGUAUUCUGCAUUUCGAACUCAAUAGAAUAAACUUUUUAUACCACUUUAUUAUUGAAAACAAUAUUCUGGAGAGAUCAAUUAUUUUCGGCCAAAAUAAAUGUUAGUUUUAAACGUUGUUAAUUAUAAGUUAUACGAAAUCAAUAUCCAAUGUAAUAACUAAUAGGUUUUAAAACUUUAAUUGUGAAAGCGGAACAGAGGUUUACGAGUGGCCAAUGCAAAUACUUUUACAGCAGUUUUUAAAAAUACCUAACCAAUAUAUUGGCAUCAAACGAAUUUAUAGACUGGGUUUGAUACAUAAGACGAUUGUGUUGAUAUUAUAUUUAUUUAGAAAGCAAUGGUGUAAAAAUAUGUUUGUUUUUAUUGCAUUAUCAAAACAUAUUGAGAAUUUCAAGACAUAAGGAUAAUUCAAAAUGUAUGCGGUGACUCAUGACGGCCAUAGUUUUUGUUAUGCUAAGUAAAAAGACUUUUUAAUAUUAUUGUUAUAAUUUGUGUUUAAGUAACCAAUGAUUCCAACUCGACUAUCCUUCAUUUUAAACUACAUUCCUAGGCAACUAUAGUCUCGGAUAAUUUAGUCAUAUAAAACUUAAAUUUGUUGUAUGUAAGUUUCUAAACAAAUGCACCAAAAAUAAGUUUAGUCAAAUUAAAUUUGAUGUAAAAUUGCUCAUUUCUAAGGAUGCCAAGGCAGCUUUUUGAAUACAUUCAUAAUAAUGUCUGUAUAUGUUCGUGAUGAUAAAUAAAUUUUAUAUAACUUGCUCAAAUAUAAACCAUCCCAGUGUGACGACGAAAUAAGGAAUAAUUCCAAAUUUUUUUCACAACGCUGGCCGGCAUUUAUUUUCAAAUAUUUAUUUUAUACUGGUCGAACUUACAUAAUACUUAUAUUUAAAAAUACCAUAUAUAUUAGGAACUUAGCGUAAAACUACUGUGAGCAGUAUUAUAAUAUCUAAGUUAUAAAUAAAAAUAAAUUAAAAGUAAA